AUGUCUUUGUUCUUAGUACUUUGUACUUUCUUUACACUCUGCUUGUCUGAGAUAGACCCUUGGAUUGACAACACCAAAUUAUCUUCUCAUUUAAGAGUUAAGAGAGCAAUCAAUUUUGCACGUGAACAAGAACAAAAUUUGAGAGACAUGGUAACAGAAGACAUUACAAGACCUUUUGUGAGAGGAAACUCCUUCACAACUUCUUUGUCAAUGUUUCCUAAUUUGGAAAUGCUUGUGGUAACUUCGACUCUUGCUUACAAGACCAAGUACGAAAACAACACAAAUGCUCCUAAAUUGAUUUUGACUUUAAAAGACUCCGACGGAAUUACAACUACAAAAGAACUCACGUAUACAACACUGAGUCAGGAAACGGGUCAAAGACUCAAAGAAAUUGAUUGGAAAACCUCAUUCUUCCCACUCACGAAUUUCACCAAAACAUUGUCGUUCUUGGUUGAACCCAAAUCAGAUACCACAAACGCAUUUGUUGCUUUCUUGUCAUAUCCAGUGUCUAGUACGGCGAUGUCAAAGCCCACUUUUGGGAAGACCUUAACUGCUUUUCACAUAACUGGUGGAGAGAACAAAGACAGUAACACUUAUUCAAUAGUUGGUAAUGUUUUCAUUGACUUUGAAUUGAAAUUGUGCACCUCUUUCUUUGAUAAUGGGUUCAACCAAAAUUAUGAAGAGACGAUGGAGGAGUGGAGUGAGGUGUUGUCUACGACUAUGUGGACGGAAGGUAUUGAUGUUUCAAUGCUCAUAACCUUUUCCCUUCAAGGGUACUUCUGUUUCCCAUUGAUCGACUACGUCUUCUUCAGUGAGACUUCGAAAGUGUCGACUGAGUGGAAGUAUUGUGAUAAAUACAUCGAAGACUCCGACAAGUUCAAAAGUGAUCCGUGUUGUAAUAGAGAGGCAGAAGGCAAGUGUAACACAUUUAGAGAUAGAAAGUCGACGUAUAUGGGAAUAGAGCCUGUCUGUAUGUUCGACUUCUUGAAAAACAAAGAUGUCAAUUUAACAAACAAAAGAAAAAUAGAGUUGAAUGAACGAUCGUAUGCAAUGGGAGACUUUACACAGUAUUUACACGACUUUCACUUCUGGUCUCUCCCAACUAUUUUGUGGAAUCACGUCAACCAAAAUCAAGUGAAGAGGUUUGUGUGUAGAAACAUCUUUAACGACCCAACUGAGUAUAUUAAUAACUCUGGUGGUUGUCCUAUUGACAUGCAUAAAGUCAGUGGAUUUGAAGCAGACUCUACUGGAUGUUACACGCCAACUGAUAACCAAAUUGACUUAUUUAUCGACUUAUGUGUGUCGAAAAUAAAUAUUGAUAAUGGAGAGUUGGAUCGAUUUGAAGUCUCUGAGCUCCAAGAGGGCGUCGUUCCAAUGUUUCAAGCUCCAACCAAAAAAGAGUAUCCGUAUGACUCUGCGCAUCCAAAUAAUUGUUAUUCAUAUGAUGGUCGAAUUUUCAAUUCAAAGGAGGACAAUACCAAUUGUGAAGGAUACGUCUGUGAUAUUAAUAAUGACCGCUGGGUAUUCAAGACUAAAGAAGAAGCCAUAGCAAAGUGUCCUCAAUUAACUACUUCUUGUGCAAUACAAAGUCAAGGCUGUGGGAUUGGUGACAAUGUCAAUCUACCAAACAAUUCCAUUGAAAUAGGUGAUUCAUUCAAACGAUUUGUAAAGGUCAUCGACUUAACUUCAGAAGAGUGUGCCAACAUAAAGGGAAUUGAUUUGAAUCUUAUCAACUCGAGCAUUGACGAUGAAUAUGAGUGUCUGAGUCAAGUCGUUGGAUGUGCAGACUACUUGUCUCCCGAAUUUAAACAUUGCGAUGAAGCAAGUAUGUUAACUAACGUCUUUGAGUUCCACGAAAGAGUGUUGCCCAAAGCUGAGAUGUAUCGUUUAAAGCGCGCGACUGCGUCGACCAACGCGACUUUUGAAGAGCGAAACUUGGUGAGUAACUAUGAAGAUAUUAAUAAAGUAUUUUACAUGCAGUAUUUCUUGGGUGAACUCAAACAGCGUGCGCCAGUCCUCUUCAAAUAUUUCAAUCGAGAAAUUUCGGCGUUCAUCACCGACUGCAUUUUCAUCGAAGACGAAAAGUUCUCGGAUUAUACCGGAGCACAGUUCCCGCUGACUGUACAGACACUGAACCGAGACAAAUCCGAGCAAUAUGAAAAAGUCCAAAUAGAACCGGCGGAUGAGAAAGAAGACUUAAAAAUGACUGAAUACGACAGAUGUUAUGCAUGCGGGUCCACUGUGAUAUUUGGGUCUAUUGAUGGCAAUGUGCAAGUGAAUGGAUAUCAAUUCCCACUUCUCAAUUAUUGGAGUGAAGCCACAGACGUCGCUAAAGAAAAUUUAGGGUUUUUGAUGCCCGUUAAAUAUAACGACUCAAUUGGUGGAAGAGAUGAAAAUUUCACGAUUGGGUAUAUAGUGGGAGACGCUGUCAAAUUCAACAAAAUAGUUGCCGAAAAUCACACAACCAUUUAUAUCGGAAUCAGUGAGUUUUCGACGGUGGACUUUACAGAGGCGAGUACGUACCCUAUUAACGACUUUCUAAGAAUAAGAAACACGACCGAGAAUGGCCAAAUAAAAUUGUGGAUCGAGCCGUUAUAUUUAGAGUGUGUCCACACCUCCUCUGAUGAGAACAAAUUAGUGUUUGAUUUCUCAAAUCCAUACAUCCUCUGUAAAGUGCCUGAAAGUGUAUAUGAAACACUGACACCGGACGAUGGGAUAUUACCAAUUUAUCGACUCCCAAAGAACAAAAUCAGAAAGGAGUACCCUGAAGACUCCAACACCCAGCAAAUUAUCAUAAUAGUUGUUCCUGUAGUCGUCGGAGUUAUAGCCUUUGUUGCGCUCAUACUCGGAACGAUUGUGUUCAUUGUAAGACAUAGAAGAAGGAAGGGAAGAGAAAUGCUAAAGGAAUAUAACGAGCUUGAACUAUCUUCGCUUGGUGGUCCACUGAUACAAUACGACUAA